UAUGAGAAACUUCCUGAAAAACCUAAAUCCAUUUUCAAAUAAAAAAAUGGGCGACGAAGAGAAGGUAGCCGUGGUCUUGGACAACGGUUCGGGUCUGUGCAAGGCGGGCUUUGCCGGCGAUGUUGCUCCCUGUGCCGUCUUCCCUUCAAUUGUCGGCCGACCGCGUCACCAAGGCAUGAUUCGCAUGGGCCAGAAGGAGUCGUAUGUUGGCGACGAGGCCCAGUCGAAGCGUGGCGUCCUCACCAUCAAGUAUCCCAUUGAGCAUGGCGUAGUGACCAACUGGGAUGACAUGGAGAAGAUCUGGGAGCAUACCUUCAACGAUGUGUUGCGUGUUGCCCCCGAGGAGCAUCCGAUUAUGCUGACCGAGGCUCCACUGAACCCGAAGAGCAACCGCGAGAAGAUGGCUCAAAUUAUGUUUGAGAGCUUCGAAGUGCCAGCCAUGUAUGUGGCCAUCCAGGCUGCGCUGUGCCUUUACGCCUCCGGACGCACCACUGGCCUCUUUCUGGACUCUGGGGAUGGGGCCACGCACACCGUGCCCAUCUACGAGGGCUGCUACCUGCCCCAUGCCAUCCUGCGGCUAAAUUUGGCUGGACGGGACUUGACCGAGAACCUGAUGAGGAUCCUGAUGGAGCGCGGUUACUCCUUUACCACCACCGCUGAACGUGAAAUCGUGCGGGACGUCAAGGAGAAGCUGUGUUAUGUGGCCCUAGACUUUGAGCAGGAGUUGAUCACCGCCGCCGAGCCUGGUUCGUCGCUGCAGAAAUCCUACGAGCUGCCCGAUGGCCAGGUCAUUGCCAUCGAGAAUGAGCGCUUCCGCUGCCCCGAGACACUCUUCCGGCCCUCAAUCAUAGGCAUGGAUUCCUGUGGCAUUCAUGAAAUCACCUACAACUCGAUCAUGAUGUGCAAUGUGGCCAUACGCAAGGAUUUGUAUGCAAAUACGGUUUUAUCUGGCGGCACCACCAUGUUCCCGGGCAUGGCGGAGCGCCUUCACAAGGAGAUGACCGCCUUGGCUCCGUCCAACUUGAAGAUAAGGAUUGUGGGAACGCCGGAGCGCAAGUACUGCGUGUGGAUCGGUGGGGCCAUCCUGGCCUCGCUGUCCACCUUCCAGCAGAUGUGGAUUUCGAAGAUGGAAUACGAGGAGAUUGGGCCCUCCAUUGUGCAUCGCAAGUGCUUUUGAGUGCGUGAAAAGUUUUUAAAUUGUUUUUGUUUUUAAUUUUAAAAGAAGGUUGUUGUCCAACAAGUUGUCCAAGUUAAGUAUUCAGUAAAAGAAAAUCUGAAUUUAAAACAAGGGAAA